GAUGAGAGGAAGGUCUUCUUUAAGCCAACCUGAAAAUGACUGGACUAUUAUAUCUAACUUUUUUAGUCAUGACCCAGUGUGGACGUGCCGUUGGAAGUUUUGUCUCACAGCUGAAGGCAACAGUGAGUGUCCAACCUGGACUCUCCACUAGUCUCGAGUGCCAUGUUGACCUAGAAGGGCGCUUUUCAGUAUCCUGGAUAAAAAUUCCCCAUAAUAAAUCUCCAAUCUGUAUAGCUACAGCUAAGUCAUUAGUAAAUGAUGUGGAAAUGUGUGAGCAAUUUGAAAACCAUUCCAGAAUCAAAGUCACAUGGAACCAAAAGACCUUCAAGCUGUCUUUUUCAUCAGUGGAGCACACGGAUGUUGGAACAUAUUAUUGUGGGAUGUUUAGUUAUAAACACGUUUUCUUUGGAAAUGGAAGUAAGCUGAUCCUUGAACAACACGCUAAUGACACUUCAUCAACCACACCAAGCAACAGCAACAAAAAGACUGAAGAGCAAAAUGGAAAGCUGUUCGAAUACCUAGGCCCAGCAUUAGCAGCAACUAAUGUGGCAUCCGUUUUUCUAAUCAUUUUACUCAUCCAUCUCUUAAAGAAAAAAAGAUCAGGGGUUGCAGGUGAGGUCAGCACUGCAAGUGGCAAAAAGACAACAGAGGAAAAUUAUGCUUCUCUGACCUUUGGCAACAAACAGAGGAGAACAAUACAGAAGAGGACCAAUUUGGACACUACAGUCAUAUAUGGAGCUGUACGACACCAAGAGGAAUUAUAA